GCAGCCGAACGCGGGCUAUCAACAACUCUCCCCGCCCUUUAUUCCAGGAAAGCAAAACUGUACAAAAUGGCUGCCGGGCGCCGCCGGCUCAAUCCUCCUCCUCCUCCUCCUCCUCGUCCUGGUUGAUCUGGAAGUAGCGCAGCUCGUAGCUCUCCUUGCUGUUGGCCACCACGCGCAGCCAGUCGCGCAGGUUGUUCUUCUUCAAGUACUUCUUGGUCAGGUACUUGAGGUACCUGCAGGAGAGGCUCGGCUGAAGGCGCUCUGCACGCCGGGCAGCGCCUCGCUCAGCCCCCGCAGCUCCCCACGGAGCAACACCAACCCCUGUUCCUGCCACCUUCCGCCUCCGCGGGGAGUAACACAUCCCGGCAGGCUCAUCCUGGCAAAGCUUCUGCCAGGAACCACUGCCGAGGGACGGCAACUGGUGUGCAGUGACAGAGGUGGCUGCAGAGCUGGGCGCUGCCCUGGUGCCACAUCCAGUUCUUCCGUUCCCCCCAUUGCAGACCUCCAGCUGCCUGCCACGUCUGCCCCAGCAAAAGCCACACUCGGCGAGACCAGGCCCGAGCAGCUGCAGAAGGCAGGGGCCUGGCAGGAGGAGGGGAAUGGCACAGCACUGGAAGAGCCUGGCUGCAGACCAGCCCCUCCAGUCCAUGCCUGGCAUCCUCUCAGCAGCACAUCCUCCCCUGCUGCCCAUCCCACGGGCCUCCCCAGCAGGAGUACUGGCCAAAUAGCAAUCUCAAAGGUCACUGGGGAACAGCAGCCACCGCACCAAGCACCACACAGCGCUCAACCGGGAACCUUGGCACCACUCCUGCACCGAGACACCUCUCCCAGCCAUGCUCCUGCCUGAACACUGGCGACCCCUGACAAGGGCCAAGCGCUGCCACAGCGACCAACCGCAGCACCAGCAGAGCCUCGUGACGGCCACGGGCACUGUGGGGCCACCUCACCUCUUGGAGAACGGCACCUCGGAUGUGACCGUGAUCUUGCUCUUGCUCCGCUCGAUGGUUACCACGCCCCCGCCCAGGUUACCCGCUUUGCCGUUCACCUUGAUCCUCUCCUGCAGGAACUGCUCCUGCAACAGAGCAACACCAACACUUAGUGGGGCCUCCAGCCCCCCCUGGAUAAAGCCUCCCCUGCUCACUUGUGCCUAACGCUUCAGCUUUGGUUAGAGCUGGGGAAGAGAGAGAAGUGCUGUGACACCCAGGGGAAGGCAAGGAAAGCUCCCUUCCCGCAGGUCUGGUGGCUCCAAGCCUGUCACAGUGAAUCCUAUCAGGCCUGCACCAGAACCUGCAGGGUUCUCAAGUCCCAAAGCACUGGAUUAGUGAGGCAGGGACAUGCUUCCUGGCUUGCCAGGGGACAGCCAGUGAAAGGACAGCUGGGUCAGGAUCCUCCAGAAACAUCUCAGCCACAGCUCCACAACUCCAAUCUCUACUCAAGCAACGUUUGAAUGACAAUAGUCAACACAGAGCAUUGAAUGACAAUAGGUCAAUAGAGAGCACAAGAACACAGCCCUUCCAGCCCUCAGCAGUCCUCAGUGUAGUGGAAAACACACCCCAGGAGGGAUGAGAAGGGCGAUGCUGUUUGACAGAUGGCUGGCAGCAUCUUCUCCCCACUGGAGAGCUGUUCGGAGCUGGAGAAGGCCAACUGCCACCCCCUCGUCUGCCUGCUCUGCCACGAGCCCUACCAGCACCCCUGCCUGCUCGAUUGCUACCACAACUUCUGCGCCAGCUGCCUGCGGGGCCGCGCCAGCGACGGCCGCCUGCGCUGCCCGCUCUGUGGGCAUCCCUCGGUGGUGAGGGGGGGCACGGGGCUGCCCCCCGUGGACAGGCUCCUGCAGUUCCUGGUGGACAGCUCGGCCGAUGGCGAAGAGGACGUGCAAUGUGCCAACUGCGACCGGCACUGCACCAAGACGGAGAUGGACACCAUGUACUUCUGCAACACCUGCGGGCAGCCCCUCUGCGCCUCGUGCCGUGAGGAGACCCACCGUGCCAGGAUGUUUGCCCGCCACGAGAUCGUCUCCCUCUCCAAGCGCACCAAAGACAUCCACAAGAAAUGUGCACUGCAUGAGGAGCCCUACAUCAUGUUCUCCACUGAGAAGAAGUCCAUGCUCUGCAUCAACUGCUUUCGGGACAUGCAAGGGGAGAGCCGUGCGCACUGCAUCGACAUCGAGACGGCGUACAUGCAGGGCUGCCAGCGCCUGGACCAGGCCGUGAUGGCCGUGAAGGAGCUGCAGACCUCCACGCGCGAGGCCAUCGUCCUGCUCAAGGCCAUGAUCGAGGAGGUGCGCAACAGUGCCAGCGAGGAGGAGGCGGCCAUCAACUCCCUCUUCGGCCGCAUGCAGGAGCAGCUCUCUGAGAGGAGAAAGACGCUCCUGAAAGCUGUACAGAGUGUCCCACAAAGGCUGUGCCAUGUCCCACUCUGCUGCAGCCAGCAUGAGGAGAAGGAGAAGGCAUUCAAGGAGCAGCUCACCCACCUCGCCUCCCUGCUGCCCACCCUGCAGGUCCACCUGGUGACCUGCUCAGCUUUCCUGAGCUCUGCCAACAAAGCUGAGUUCCUGGACCUGGGCUAUCAACUGAUGGAGAGGCUGCAGAGGAUCGUCAAGCUGCCGCAUCGCCUGCGACCGGCCCAGACCAGCAAGAUCAACAGCGAGUACCGGGCAGAGUUCGCCCGCUGCCUGGAGCCCCUGCUGAUGCUCAGCCCCCGCCGCUCCGUGGUGGGCAGCGCCGGUGGCAUCGGUCCUGGUAUCGCUGGCACAAACAUGCUCCCUGCUGGCCAAUGCUCCAAGACCCUCAUGGUGCCCAGCUGCCUGCCUGCUGGUGAUAAAAUGUCUGCUGGGCCCAUGGUGCGGAAGCCGACGAUGCACCGGUACAUCAGCACCAAGGUCCUGCUGGCCGAGGGGCGCGAGACCCCCUUCGCCGAGCACUGCCGCAACUACGAGAGCGCCUACCGGAUGCUGCAGACUGAGAUCCAGGGCCUGAAGGACCAGGUGCAGGAGCUGCACCGGGACCUCACCAAGCACCACUCCCUCAUCAAGACCGAGAUCAUGAGCGAGAUCCUGCAGAAGUCGCUGCAGAUGGACGUGCAGAUCGCGGCGCAGUACUCUGCCGUGGAGAUGAUGCGCAGCGUCUUCGAGGAGGUCUGGGAGGAGACGUACCAGCGGGUGGCAAAUGAGCAGGAGAUCUAUGAAGCCCAGCUCCACGACCUGCUGCAGCUGCGGCAGGAGAACAGCUGCCUGACCACCAUCACCAAGCAGAUCGCGCCCUAUGUCCGCUCCAUCGCCAAGGUGAAGGAGCGUCUGGAGCCCAGGCUGCAGGAGCCCUGGGAGCCCAAGGAGGAACAGGCACAGAUGCUGCUCAAGAUCUGCGAUGACAGUGAAGCGGUGCCAAGGGACACCUCACCCAGCAGCAAGGAGGGGGCUCCAGCCAGCCCUGGGGGGGGCUGCACGCCUAGCAGCCCCCAUGGAGACCCUUCCCCAAAAAGCAAAGACUGCUGCAGGGGCCAGCAGAACAGCGGGGCCGAGGGUGCUGCCUGGAAAGAGGCUGCACCGUAGAGCCUGGUGCUGAGCGAGUGAGCUGUGCCCCGGCUGUCAGCCAGCUCCUCUCACCUUGUGCCAGGAGCAAAGGCAGGAAAACACAGCCCAGGCACUCAGGAGCUGCAGCAUCCCAAAGCCUGCCUUAGAGCAGCUGUCUGCCUGCAAAAAUCAUUGUCUUUAUGUGUGUUAGAAGUGAAAUAAAAAGGCACAAGCGUA